CUAAUCCCUCUGUCUUCAAGCUGGCACCGUUGUCUUCCUUCCUCCUCCUCUCUCCUAUGGAGAAUUCUCGUCAGCCAUAGCACCAUAAUCUCCAUCGUCGUCGUCCCUGUACGAAUCAUCAAUAACGAUUUUCAAGGUCUCUCCGAUUCUUCUUCCUUCAUGUUCUGACGCGAGGAAGGAAAAAAAAAUACCCAUCGAGGGGCGAGGGAGAAUCGCCGGAGAAAUGGUUCGUACCAUCGGAAUCGCGAUCCUCCGGUUGAUUUACGCCGUAUUUAUGAUCGGAGCGGUGGUUUCGGCUUCUCCGGAGAAUGCCCAGAAGCAGAAAACGGUGUACGAGGUUCUGAAGGCACAUGGGUUACCGAUGGGUCUGCUCCCGAAGGGGGUGAAGGAGUUUUACAUGGACAAGACCGGUAGGUUCGAGGCUCAUCUGGAUCAAGCCUGCAACGCCAAGUUCGAGAGCGAGUUUCAUUACGAGAGGAACGUGUCGGGGACACUGAGCUACGGUCAGAUCGGCGAGCUGUCGGGGAUCUCCGCUAAGGAGCUGUUCCUGUGGUUCCAGGUCAAGACGAUCCGUGUCGAUGUACCAAGCUCCGGUCUCAUUUACUUCGAUGUUGGAGUCGUGGACAAGCAGUUCUCUCUGUCGUUCUUCGAAACUCCACGGGAAUGCGUCGCCGGCCGAGAGGCCCCGCGGGGAAAUGCGAACGGAGAUGGCGACAUCUUCAAUGGGGCAGCCGCCUCUGAGCCUUCCAAGCUGCGGUUCGGACCCGACAGGAAAAGUUUUGUGAGGAGCUUUGUGUAGAUUUGGUGUUUGGAGGAUUUGGAAACGAUUGCUCAAUCAGCGGUCCAAAGGUUCCUUGGAUGCAUCUUCGGUUGUAAAUGUUGCCGGAAGAAUCGGGCAAGAAAGUGGUUCCAGAGCUUUGUCCAAUGGUGAUUGAUCUGCAUUAUAGUGUUCUGUCAUAAUUUAUGUUUCUGUAGAGUUUCAGAGCGAAGGGGACUAGAGAGAGAGAGAGAGGAUAUUUUGAUGAGGCAAAUCUUUGAUAUGUUUAAUCUUUAUUCAUGUAAAAUUUGUUUCAACUGUUGGAAAGUAUCAGAAAGGAGCAUUGUUCUUGACAUUCUGCCUUUCUGAACCGAACCAAACAGGGCAUCCGUAAUAAAGGUUUUCCUCAAUA